UCACUGUCCCCAAAUCAGAUGUCAAACGAUAAGUCAUAACAAAAAUAGUUUAUUUCUGUUUCUGAACAUCUGGAAUUUUCCAAAUCUACUACAAUUUUGAGUUUUUAUUUUUGUACAACUAUACACGUAACCGCAGGAAGAAAUUUAUUAAAAUCAUUUGUAUAAUAUGUCUUUACCGAUAAGAUUUGGAUUAUUGAAAUUUCCUGAAUGAAGACAAAAUGCUUCAGUCAGCCAAUUGCCGACACUGUUUACCUCUACCUACAGAAUCGUGCAUACUAUGUAGUAGUGCCGCUCCGGAAUCCCUGAUAGAACUCUGUGUCGACUACAUUUUAAAUCACCUGGACACGAUAUGCGAAUACAAACCAAAUACAGACCAACUUCGUCUUCAUCAUAACGUAGCUUUACCUGUAGAAAUAUGCGAACGACUGUUAAUGGGUCGUUUGAAUAGAAACAAACAACAAAUUGAUAGCUUUAUUAAUAUAUUUCGUGAUCGACAAUGCACAAGACUUAAAAGGGUCAAGUUGCAUAAUACAGAUAUCGAAGACAAAAGUCUCAAAGUUUUAUUACAGCAUAGAUUAACGGAGUUAGAAUUAAAUAACUGUACAUCACUAGGAAUAACAUGCUUAAGGUACAUAACGGCGUACGGCCUUAAGUUACAGUCACUUACUGUUGGCGAGAACACUGAUAUCUUCCCAAGACGAGGCUUUCGCGUAUUACAUCGUGACGUGAACUACUUCUUCGAGAAGGGCUUCAUCAUAUUAACACCAAACUUAAGAAGGUUGACGGUGAAGAAUCUCGAAUCCCUUCAACCCGAAUUUUAUAUGCUGUUACUGAAACCUUUAGAAAAUUUAACGUAUUUAGACUUAUCAAAUUGCAGUAAGCUCGCAGACUUUUGCUACACUUCCCAUUUAGUUAAUUUGACAUCGUUAAUUUUGUACAACGUUGAUACCAUCGAGAACAUAAUACCGGCGCUGUGUAAAUUGAAGAAUCUACGUCAUUUAGAUAUUUCGCAAUCGAAAGAGGAGAAUGGCAAAUAUGAGAACGGUAGUCAGUUAUUGCAAGUGAUCGUUGAGAAUCUGACCAAACUGGUGUCUUUGGAUAUUUCGGGUACAAAUCUGGCCGGGCGAGGAGUUGCGCAACCUAGAGAGGCCGGAGAGGAAGUCGCAAUAGCUUCUGAUAUAUCAGGGUUAGCCUCCCGUGUGAAUAAUCCGUUUCAAUUUCUGGGGUUGUACGAUGCGCAGCAUGAUGCGUGUUUGAGGCAUCACAUACCGGCGAAAUUGAUUGCGGGUAACGCGAACGAGGAGCAAGUGUUGAUAGCCGCACUCGCCUACCUAGAUAGACCGGAAAUGUUACAAAAGGUUUUAAAUGAGCUUUUCCAUUUUUUUCGUUUCGAAAGCUGUCAGUAUGUUGGCCAAGCUCUCAAUGUAGUUUUAGAGUCAAUGGAUAGACAUAUACAUGAAAGACACAUACAAAUCUCGGGAAGUGCUACCUUAUUUUACAUCGUAAAAGGCGCAGGGAAGGAAUUGCACGACGUGGUUAGAAUAAAACGAAGAAUAAUUACUACCUUGUUAAAUGGAAUGUUCGCCCAUAAAAGUGAUGACACAAUGAUGAGGAACGGAUGUUUAACUUUGUGCCAAUUCAAAAUUCCGCAGGACGUGAUUUUCCAGUAUGAGAGAUUAGUUGAUAUUUUAUUACACUCUGUCUACGGCAUGCAACAAGAAAGUUUUGUACAACGGAUUGGUAUAUACUUACUAAAUUCAUUGGCGUGUCAAGUGGACGGACAACAAAAAGUCAAACUAGGCGAACUUGGUGCUAUAAACAAAAUGCUGUGGUUAAUCGCCGAUCGCUUGGAGAGAGCACUAUGCGAUGACGUUUUAGAAGUAGCGUGGUCAACAAUGUGGAAUGUGACUGACGAGACGCCUGCCAAUUGUAAAAAGUUUUUAGAAAACAAAGGCAUGGAGUAUUUUUUGAAAUGUCUCGAAAAAUUUCCCGAUAAAGAGGAACUGCUUAGAAACAUGAUGGGUUUAUUAGGUAAUGUGGCCGAGGUUAAAGAUCUACGACAUUAUUUAAUGACUUCGGACUACGUUACCGUAUUCUCGGAGCUGUUGGAUUCGUUCAGUGACGGGAUCGAGGUUAGCUAUAACGCCGCCGGCGUCCUAUCGCAUAUGGCAUCGGAUGGCCCCGAAGCAUGGACCAUAGUGCAUCCAACACGUGCGUCGGUUUUAAGAAGAAUGGUAGAUGCUAUCGAACGAUGGGACUUGGCAUCGCAAAGAAACAUAAACUAUAGAUCGUUUGAGCCAAUUUUGAAUUUGGUGAAAAUUUACGAAACGCCCGAAUGCCAAUACUGGGCCGUUUGGGCGUUGGCGAAUUUAACUAAAGUCUAUCCUGCGAAAUAUUGCGCGUUAGUGGAACUCGAAAGUGGUUUACGCCUUUUGCAGGACAUUGUUAAUCAUCCCGCACCUCCGACACGUGUAAAGCAGUUGGCGGCGAUCGUUCACGAAAACUGCAGGCAUUUUCGGGAACACUAUAUUGAAUCAGAUUCGCUUUUAGACGGAUGAAAACAAAUUUCUCAAAUUAAUAAUAAUUUUUUAAUGUAUCGCUUCAGAAUGAUUUGUAAAUGUUUUAUUUUAUUUGAUAUUUCAGCUUACAUCAUGUUUACAAUAUAAUGUGGAAAGUUUCUUUAAAUAAGAGUACUAGUCAUUAAAUGACACACUCUCUAAGCAUAGUGAAAGAACUGUAAAUUAUGAAUGUUUCAUUUUUGGUAAUUCAAAUUCACCAGUGUAUUUAUUAUGAAUUUGCUAUGAUCCCACAAAAGAUAAGUUAUACAAGAUGCGAAUGUGUGGUAAAAGUUAUUUGGUAUUUGGGUUACUUAGCAUGUUGAUUAUAUGAUUUAUGUUAUGACAGUUUAUAAUUUAUUUUUUAUAAAAAUACAUUCUACAAUUGAA